GGCCGCCGCCGCCAGCUGACUGCUCACCCCCGGAAGUGAUGCAGGGAGGGGGAGGCAGUCUCGCAGGGAGCCGCGGAGUAUUCCAUGUGGAACCAAGGGAGCCUGAAAACUGUGGGAGCCUGAACGAGGCUGUAAAGCUAGUGGAAUGAUUCCCUGUGUAGCUGAAACUAUGUCAGUUGACUGCCGCUAAUGGCAUGGUGAGAUGUGUUGAAGAGCAGCUGCGAGGGUGUCCGUCGGCAAGGGGACUGACUGCUCUAGAAGCUGGGCUCACAACAUCAUGGGCCAGUGUGUCACCAAGUGCAAGAAUCCUUCUUCUACCCUUGGCAGCAAGAAUGGGGAAAGGGAAUCUGGAGGCAAGUCGCAUAGUAAGAGAAGCGCGGUCCACAAAGAUGACCACGGUUCAGCUUGCGGGAAGUCUUCAGGUGAUAUCCUUGUGAAUGGGACAAAGAAAACAGAUGCUGCUGUAGAGUCCUGUCAGCCUCCAAUGUUUUCUGGAGACACAAAGAAAGACUCUGUUUCCAGCACGGAGGAGUCCUCGCUUCAAAGGAUCGGGGAGUUGUUUAGGAGGUAUAAGGACGAACGGGAAGAUGCCAUCCUGGAAGAAGGAAUGGAACGAUUUUGCAAUGACCUCUGUGUUGAUCCCACUGAAUUUAAAGUGCUAGUUUUGGCUUGGAAAUUCCAGGCUGCUACCAUGUGCAAAUUUACAAGGAAGGAGUUUUUUGAAGGCUGCAAAGCAAUAAACGCAGACAGCAUCGAUGGCAUUUGUGCAAGGUUCCCCAGCCUCUUAAAGGAAGCCAAGCAGGAAGAUAAAUUCAAGGAUCUCUAUCGUUUCACCUUCCAGUUUGGCCUGGACUCUGAAGAAGGACAAAGGUCACUACAUCGGGAAAUAGCCAUUGCCCUUUGGAAAUUAGUCUUCACCCAAAACAAGCCCCCCAUAUUGGACCAGUGGUUACACUUCCUAAUUGAGAACCCCUCAGGAAUCAAGGGAAUCUCCCGGGACACGUGGAACAUGUUUCUAAAUUUUACUCAGGUGAUUGGACCGGACCUUAGCAACUACAGCGAGGACGAGGCCUGGCCGAGUCUCUUCGACACCUUUGUGGAGUGGGAAAUGGAGCGAAGGAAAAAGGAAGAGGAAACCAAAUGUAGUCCAUCUUUGGACACAGAGGGCCUACAUGUGGAGGAACAGACUUAGUGGCACGGAAGCAGCAGUGACAAAAGCAACCUAUUGCCCUUCAUGAAAUGUAAACUCUGGGUGUUUCUGGAAAUUGCCGAGGCUCCAGAUUUUUCUACUUUACACCUAUUUCUGCCUUGUCUUUGAAAGGGCUCUAAAAUGCUGUAUCAUGUUUUAGGCACUUUCUUCAUUUUGGUUAUUCCUUUUCCUCUUGCCCUGAAAUAUUUGACCCUGGCUACAAGUUAAGUGUUUUGGGGUUGGUUUGGUUUUUGGUUUGGUUUUGGUUUUGGUUUUCUCUAAGACUUCAGAUUAGCAUAAAUGAGUCUGAAUAUUUCUUGCACAACGUAGAUCUCUUUAGUUAGGUUAAAUUAACAUUGCUAAAUUAUACAGUGCCAGAUUAAG